AUUCUGGUUAUAGAAAAAUAAAAAUUAAUGUGAAACUCUAAGUAGUAGUAUGUUUACACAAUUAUCAGUAGUAACAUAUUCAGGUAUAGGAAUUAUGGCGACGAUGUUACGGCAGUAUAUAUUGCCAAUAAAUAUGAAAAUGAAUCUGUCUACACAAUCUAAAACUCAUUAUGAUACAUUGAAAUUGUCUCCAAAGGCCACGCACAAUGAAAUAAAAUCAGCAUAUUACAAAUUAACAUUGGAAUAUCAUCCUGAUAAAAAUAAAAGUGAAUCUGCAAAAGAAAUAUUUCAACAACUUUCUGAUGCAUAUGAAGUACUUGGUAACCAUAAGUUACGCAAACAGUAUGACAGGACUAUUGCAGUUAAACGUAUAAAUAUAGAUGAAAUACAAAGAACCUCAAGUCGACAAGAACAUACUGUUAAAUCAACAGAUAAAAUAUAUAACUUUGAUGAAUGGUCUCAAGCACAUUAUGGGCUGAUUUUUCAAAAAUCUAUGUACAGAAAAAGUCAACGUGAAGAGUAUUUAAAGCGUAUGAAAUGGCUGCAUCAAGACGAAAAAUCAUUGACAAGGAAACAAAUUUGUGUUUCAUUAACUUAA